CUUAAAUAUUUUUCAUUUUGUAACCAAGAUUAUAGUAAAGGAUUUGGCGGCAAAUAUGGAAUUCAGAAAGAUCGCGUGGACAAGGUAUUUAUUUUAAAGUAAAUGUGCUAUUAGGGUCUGGUCAUAAAAUAACUGCUACGGUGGGCUGGAGGUAAAUCACAAAUUUUGCCAAUAAGUUUGGUGACCCAUCUUAGGAUGUGGAUAAAAACUUCAAAGCCCAUCUAAUCUUACCAAAUUUAUUUCAUGACCCACCCACCCAAUCUAAAUUGGGAAAAUACACUUUUAUAAUAAACCAAGUUGACCAACAUAAUUGCACCAAGUUGACCAACAAAUUCAUCACCAAUUACGAUACUGAGCUGUUCUCCAUUUGGUUGUAUUUGCUGUGAUUCGACCACUUCUUGUUGUUGUAUAAAACAAAGUACUGGCUUCAAUAACAUCAUUUGCAUUUAAUAAUUUGGAUAGUGUUGUUUACUUCUAUUAUUAAUUUAAUAUCUGCCCAUGUUGGGUUUUUGUUUGGUGACCCAACCGUGGACAUACAAAAAAAUUGGCGGCCCAUCGAAACUGCCCAAAGAUUUUCCAUGGCCCAUCCCAAAUCACUCCAGCCCACCCUAGCAGUUACUUUAUGACCGGUCCCUUAUCCUCCUUUCUAUCGAAGCGAGAUGCCGAAACUCUUGAAUAAAAGAGAAAGUUACAUGCCCUGUUCUUUCUCUAGAGCGCCGAAGGUUGGGAAUACGAAGGCAAGACAGAAAAACACGCUUCUCAGAAAGGUAAUGUGCUCAUUGUGGACGUUGCUGAUUAUGGUUUGUUGCAUUUUUCGUUGCAUUAUUCGCAGCUGUUCCAAGUUAGGUGACUUAGGUCGAAUAUAUUUUUAUGUUUUCCCACGGUAUUGGGAGAGUAGUUUUGGAUAGGGGUGCACCGGAUUUGGAAUUUUCAAAUCCGGCCGGAACCGGAUUUGGACAAAAAUUCCGGCCGGAUUUGAGAUAAACCGGUAAUGGGGACAAUUGGGGAUAAAUCAGUAUUCAAAAUGGCGGUUUAUGUUUUUUACUAUUUUUAGUUAGUGUCAGUUUAGAUUUUUGAUUGUGUUUAAACCUUUUUUAAAUAUCUUUUUGUUAAUAACUUAAUAUUUUAUAAUAAUAUAAGUGUUUUUUAAACUUUAAAGCUGCCAAAUUGAUGGUUUAUCCCAUUCUUGGUGAACUUUUUAAGGUGAAAACAGAAAUUUAAAUCCGGCCGGAUUUUCUCCAAAUCCGGCCGGAAGCCGGAUGCCGGAAAAUUCGUUAAAUCCGGCCGGAAUUCCGGCCUGAUUUGAAAUCCGGUGCACCCCUAGUUUUGGAAAUUUUGAAAAUGUUUAAAAGUUCUUUCAAAUAAGAUAAAGUUAAUUUUUAUUGCUAUAUCCCUUUAAUGUAGUGUAUUUUUAUCAUUUUAGAUUACUCCACUGGUUUUGGUGGAAAAUAUGGUGUUCAAACAGACAGAGUUGAUAAAGUAAGAUUCAAAACUGAGCGUAGAGUACUCGCUUGAUAAAGUAUUCAUUGCUCUAAUGUGUCUAGUAGUUAAAGUGCUUAUGACACGAAAUUUCACCCCAAAUGUUUAUGAUUGCAUAAUUGUAAAGAUCACUUAAAAUGACUUACAGUUGAUUUCACGAAACUUUGGCCGCGCCAGUUGCGAGGUUGGUUGGGAAUUUGGGAACUAUAAACACGAGAUCAUCAAGUUGAUUGGAAACCGGCCAAUCAAAUUCGGAAGUUUCGCAUCAAAUUAUCGAAAUUCGUUGUGAAAUUCCGAACCAAGUUCGCAAGCAAGUUCGCAAAUUGCAAACCAUUUUGGCGGUAAAUUUUAAAAUGAUGAUCAUGAUUUGAUGAUCUCGUGUUUAUAGUUCCCAAAUUCCCAACCAACCUCGCAAUUGGCGUGGCCAAAGUUUCGUGAAAUCAACUGUAAUAAUUUCUUUCAUAGAAUUUUGGUAACUUGCUUCCUUUGCAAGAUAUUCAACUUUGUUUCAUAUGCAAAUAUCACCGGUGUGACAUCACAUCGCAUAGUGACAUUUUGAAAACGCAAUAUUUUACCUUGAUAAAACAGUUUUACAAACAAAUACAGAGGGUUAAUUACCAGUUAUGAAAUUAAUACAUAUACAAGGGCAAUUUUAAAGUUUUUUAGAUACGUAUUCGUCAAGAAAACUAUACUUUUCUGAAAACGUGAAACGGUGAUGUCACACCGGUGAUAUUUGCAUAUGAAACAAAAAGUUGAAUAUCUUGAAAAGGGAGCAAGUUACCAAAAUUCUAUAAAAGAAAUUAUUAAGUCAUUUUAAGUGAUCUUUACAAUGCAACCAUAAACCUUUGGGGGUGAAAUUUCGUGUCAUAGGCACUUUAAGUUUCAUUGAAUUUCAUUGUGCCCUGAUCCGCUCUACUUUAUUAUUCCAUCAGGGGAGAGUGUUGGAACCCACAUGGGCUAAUUAGAUGUUUAAUUAAACCGUAUUUGUCAGAACAAACAUAAUUUUAGAUUAUAAUUUUCUAGUCUGCUGAGGGUUACGAAUACGAAGGCAAAACAGAGAAACACGCCUCGCAAAAAGGUAACGGACUGCACGCACGUAAAAACACACAAGUUGUAACAAACCUGCAGCAGACUUGUAUAGAAAUGGUAUUCCAACAACUUGUCAACAGGAUGUGUUCGCACUGCUUGUUCCCAGCUUGUUGACAACUUGCUACGAGGUUGAUGAGCUCAACAGACUUGUUGCAAGUUGUUCCAACAACUUGUUAUCGUCCUGCAAUUCAACAAUUUGUCAACAAGUUGUGAGUGACAACCUUGUAGCAACUUGAUAAAAUAACAACAUUUUGUUACAACUUGUUGACAAGCUUGCUACAAGCCUGUUGCGAACACAUCUUGUUGACAAGCUUGCUACUGAGCUCAACAGACUUGUUACAGGUUGUUCCAACAACUUGUUAUCGUCCUGCAAUUCAACAAUUUGUCAACAAGUUGUGAGUGACAACCUUGUAGCAACUUGAUAAAAUAACAACAUUGUUACAAGUUUGCUACAAGCCUGUUGCGAACACAUCUUGUCGACCAGUUGUUAGAUUUUUACAUCUAUAGUAUAAUUUCUACUGUAUAAGCGGUAUAUGCUUCCCAUAAUCAGUAUUUUAUACUGCCAUUGCAGCCUAACAAAUCCGUGAUGUAUAUUUUUAUUAUUUCAGAUUAUUCCACUGGCUUUGGGGGCAAAUAUGGCGUUCAAACAGACAGAGUAGACAAGGUCUAGUACCUUAAUCAUUAUUGGCAAUGCAUAAACGUUCUUCGUCUGUUUAAAUAUCUUGAAAUAUCCUCUUAAUGGAUGACUAAAUUUUCAUCUAGGCAAGAAGAACAAAAUCCAUCAGCACAGCUAGAAAGAGCAUGUUAAAAUUAGUAAAAUUGCAAUGUUUGGUUGCGAAAUGUUGUAAAAUGAAGAAAAUAUACUGUAUGCACCACUUUAGGCCCAAAUGUGUUGAAUUUUCCCGCGCGUAAUAGAAAUUGAUACAAAAUUUGCAAAUUUCGCAGGGCUGUAUUUUCCACAUUUUACAACAUUUCGCAACCAAACUUUGCAAUUUUACUAAUUUUAACAUGCUCUUUCUAGCUGUGGUGAUGGAUUUUGUUCUUCUUGCCUAGAUCAAAAUUUAGUCUAUAGCUGCCUAGAUCAAAAUUUAUUCUAUACUUUCAUGUUUUGUAUACAGUCUGCGGGGACGUUUGAAGAUAUGUCGGAGGUCAAAUCGUCGUACAAAACAGCGAAGCCUGGUGGUAGUUCAGGUAUGAAUGUUUCAGUGCAACCAGUAGGCUUAUAACGUAAAUUUACAUGCAACAAAUUCGCGUCAAUUGAUAUUGUAUAGCGUGCACUUAAAUAAUGAAUAUUGAAUUCUCAGGCGCAGCUGGGAAUCUCAAAGCACGUUUUGAAAGCAUGGCCAAGGCGGGAGAAGAGGUAACGAUAUAACCGUCAAAGAUUUGUUGAUCUAAAGAGAUUUAUAUAUUUGAAAUCUUCUCCGAUUUGAUUUCCAGGAAGACAGGAAGCGGGCUGAAGAAGAGAAGGCUCGUCGUUUGGCGCGCGAGAAACGAGAACGUGAAACAGCAGAAAGAAGACAAGCACAGGUAAAUGCAAUGCUUUACGUGGAAGAAAGUUUUGGGCUGGUAUACCAGUGGGGAAAUGAAAAAAAAACAAACAACCAGACGGUUAUUAAGUCAACUUAUUAUAUGACUUUUCAAAAUUCUCUAUUCUGAUUGGUUGACAAGCGGUCCGUAAAAACCCGUGGUCAAAAAAAUUUCAUCACAGCUUGAAAGAGCAUCACAAAAUUAGUAAUAUUCCGACGUUUGGUUACGAAAUGUUGUAAAAUGUGGAUAAUAUAGCCCUGCGAAGUUUGCAGUUUCUGUAUUACGCACGGGAAAUUGAUACCGCUUCUGAAAAAAGGUACCCACCUAUAAUAAUAUAAUUAACUCUCUUCUUUUCCCUUCCAUUAUAAUAAUUUUGUGAUGUAAUUGAUGCGUAAUUAUAUCUUUUGUAAAACGUGUGAGAUAAAUUGAAUAUCUUGAAUCUUCCAGGAAGCAGAACGGGAGAGGGCAGCUCAAGAGGCCGAGGAACAAGAACGUGCAGAAGCCGAGAGGGCAAACGACACCGAGCGUGAACACGCAGAAGCCGAAGCAAGAGCACGCGAGGAGGCAGAACGUGCUGAGCAGGAACGUGCUGAACAGGAACGUGCUGAACAGGAACGUGCUGAACAGGAACGUGCUGAGGCAGAACGUGCUGAGGCAGAACGUGCUGAGCAAGAGCGUGCAGAAGCGGAACGUGCUGAAGCGGAAGCGGAUUACGAUCAACCGGAAGCCGGAUACGAAGAACCGGAAGAUGAUCAUAUUUAUGGCAACGCCGAUGCCGCUGGCGAAGAGGUAGGAAUUUUUUGUGGCAAAUUAUAGUCUGUGGUGGAAAAUACUUUAUUUCCCGAGUCCUGGUUAAUUUGUUCAUCAUCGUAGCUACGUUUAACGAGGCUAUAUGGUUGAAUUAACCAGAUUAUGUUUGGCGUACUAUUAGCCAAAAAUUUCUGCUUAAUAUUCCGCCUAACAUCUGAUUAAGAGGCAAUUUUUUUUCAAUGUCCCGAGGUAUUUGUUGCGCGCGAUGAAAAGUGUUCAAACCCUAAAAUCUUUUUGGCGUUCCUCUCAUAAUUACUUUGUUUUAGCUUUAUUUUGUAGUUUACACAGUUAUAGCAACCGUUUUAAAUGUAUCUGGCGGUUGAGAAACACAAAAUAAUUGUUAAAUAUUGUCAAUUUAAAUACAAUUAUCAUUGAUGCUGUAAAAUUAACGCCAUAUUUGUACGGCAAUAUAAGCAAAAUUUUACUGUACUUCAGACAUCAUUUUCUCUUUGGCGUACCAUCUAAAAUCUCUUUAUUUUAGCAUCAUUUUACAGAUAAAGCACUAAACAUACUUUUUAAGUUUGUUUGCCGCUUGGGAAACGUAUCAAAAAUUUAAAUUUGUAUCAAGUCAUAACCAAAUGGAAAAAUAUAUUCGUUAGUUUUAUCUGUUCUACGUUUAAAUACAACCACAGUCUUGCCGAAGUCAAAGAAUAGACAUGAACAACAUUUUAACUUCUUCGAAGAAGCGGAGAAUAACUUCAUUUCAGGCCAGGCUGAGAUUUCACGCCGAUUUAGAAUUGCAAUUCUAACUCAUCCCUGGCUGACAUUUGCCAUGUAAUCAUGAAACAAUUUCGGCUCGGUCAACCGGGUUGAAAUUCAGCCCGGGCUGAAAGCUCCCCAUGUAAUCAGCCCUUAAAUAUAGCUUAAUUAUGGCUUUGAACACCUUGGAACAAUUGUUGGACAACACUAUUUCUUUAUUUUAAUUCUAGGACACUGGCGUAACAGCAGUUGCCUUGUAUGACUAUCAAGCAGGUAUGAAACCGUUGCAUUAUACAUGUUUCUAUACGUUCGAAACUACAAGCGUGUAGCGCUUUAUCUAUCAUUUAAACCGAAUUGAUGCGAAGCUACAAUCAGGGGCGGAUCUAGCCUCAUCUGCAAGGAGGGGUGCAGGUUUUCCAUGAGGCGGUGCAUGAGGGAGCCUUACUGCCCACUCUCCUCUGCAGUCUGCAACGCUACUAUCCCAACAUUACCAUUAUUUGAGAUGGCCGAAUCUGCAUGUUCGCCGUUCUGUUACGUUUUACAUUAUCUUUUGUUUAUAAAGUUUAUAUCGGAUUUUUAUCACGUAUGCGUGACUGGACAGUUGCUGUAGCACAGUACAGUACAUUUGCUAUAGUUAAAGUACAGUAUAUUUGAAAAUAUGGCUGUAUAACAACCUCGACAUGUUUACACAUUUAACCAUGAUAUUUAACUAAAUCUGAGUAUUUUCUCGUGAGCUCACAAAUCAAUUAAAUCGUUUCAUGAAAUCGACACGCGCUAACAGUAGAAGUUCCGCUAAUCGAAAAGCAGAAAAUGUAUGGUCAAGCAGAUUUUUUUAGGGUGGGGCUGGACUUCUCAAGGGAGUGCUAGAUGCCAUUGCGCCCCAAUAGUAUCGAUCCGAACGGUCAAAUAAGCCCUAAUCUCUUUCUCUCUUCCCAACAGCCGAUGAAGACGAGCUGACGUUUGACCCAGACGAUAUCAUUACGAAUAUCGAACAAAUAGACCAAGGCUGGUGGCGUGGCGAUUGUCACGGGAAAACUGGCAUAUUUCCCGCAAAUUAUGUCGAAAUACAAUAA